AUGGAAGAGGGAAUUGAAUUGAGUUUGGGGUGGCGAAAGUCCGCACGAUUUGUUGUUGCUCUGGAGGAGUUCUGCACUGUGGGUGGUGCGCGCAUCUACUCCGUACACAGUGGGGACGUGAUGGGGUUUCUUUUCUUUUGCAAGCUCGACAGCGACAGACAGCUGAUGCCUUUUCUUCUGCAUGCCACGUAUCCAAGUCCGGCGUCCACUAAUUCCCCGUCGAUCCAUCGGAGCUUCAAGACUACGAGCUACUUCUGUUGCACGUGGCACAGUGUCUGCAGAUGCUGUUUGUCUCUGGCUCCAUUUAUGAGCUCCAGCUCCUCGCGAGCCACUAACUUUGACGACUCAGAGUGGCUCCCUCAUCCUCCUCGGGCUUCCACCUUCGGCUGCCCUGAACCUCACUCUGCCUCCUCUCCACUUUCCAUAUUUCCUGGGCUUCUCGUGAGUUUAAUCCUCGUCUUCACCCAACGCCCUCUCGACAUUCAACAGAGAGAUUUGCACCCCUUCAUCCCAUCGUCCCCGCUGCCGAGCUCCUCCCCAGCGGCAAGGCAACCAUCAAAUCCCAGCGCUUCCCAUUCUGAUUUCCACACACCUCGUGCUACAACCGUUUUUUACGUGCCUUUGAGAUCGAAUUGCGAGACCCAUAUACCUCAAAUUACCUUCUAG